AUGAGCGCUUUCCAGAACGGCAUGGCGCCCGUCCGCGCCAUGGAGGACGACAGCGACGUUGAGGAGGAAGCUCUCGUCGCCGACUAUAGGGAGCAGGUGCAAUAUGAAGGCGGUAUGGACGACGUCGACCAAGCCCUCCUCGCCCAACAGACGGACGAUAUCCAGGCCAAGCUGGCCCAGGCUGCCCAGCCCCUAGAUUUCCAGGCGACCCUCGAAACAAAGUUCCAGAGCUACGACAAUUACUGCGGACUCUUUCACUUCAUCCUUAAUUCAGAGAGCGGUCCUGUAGAUCUCGAGCCUCCAUCGUACUACUGGGCGUGGGAUGUGAUUGAUGAGUUCAUCUACCAAUUCAACACAUUCUCCUCGUACAGGGCCAGGAUUGCCCGCCAGGGAAACAACGAGGAGGAGGCGCAGAUCCUGCGAGAGAACCCCAACACAUGGGGCUGCUACAGCGUGCUCAACGUCCUCUACUCCCUGAUUCAGAAGUCGCAAAUCACGGAGCAGUUGGCGGCUAUGAGGAGGAACGAGGACCCCAUGCUCGUGGCCGGUCCCUAUGGCUCAAAGAACCUCUACCGCAUGCUGGGGUAUUUCUCAAUUAUCGGCCUCCUCCGGGUCCAUUGCCUCCUCGGAGACUUUAGCCUCGCGUUGAAAACGCUCGACGACAUUGAGCUGAACAAGAAGGCUAUGUUCGCCCGCGUCAUGGCUGCCCACUUCACGACCUACUACUACGUGGGUUUCUCGUACAUGAUGAUGCGCCGGUACGCCGACGCCAUCCGCAUGUUCAGCCACAUCCUGGUCUACGUAUCGCGGACCAAGAACUUCCAGAAGAACACGCAAUACGACUCGAUCUCCAAAAAGAACGACCAGAUGCUCGCCUUGAUUGCCAUCUGCGUCGCCUUUCAGCCGACCCGCCUGGACGACACCAUCCACACCGCCCUGCGCGAGAAGUAUGGUGAUCAGCUCCUGAAGCUGCAGCGCGGCGGCCCCGAGUCGCUUCCCGUCUACGAGGAGCUCUUCAAGCUUGCCUGCCCCAAGUUCAUCUCGCCCGUCCCGCCCGACUUUGACCGCCCGGAGGCCAACGUCGACCCCAUCGACCACCAUCUGUCCAUCUUCAUGGAGGAGGUCAAGACAAACAUGUGGAGCCCGACGGUCAAGUCGUAUCUGCGGCUGUACACAACCAUGGACCUGAUGACGUUGGCCGGCUUCCUCGACGUCAAGCCUGAGGAGCUGCGCUCGUGGCUGCUCGUCAACAAGCAGCGGACUAAGCAGCUGCGCUGGACCGACAAUGGAUUGUUGGAGGGUGAUUGGGUCAACAUAAGCGAUCUCGACUAUGCGAUGCAGGGUGACCUGAUUCAUAUCUCAGAAGCAAAGAUGGGCCGCAAGCUGGUUGACUGGUAUUUGCGUAACCUCUCCCGCACAUAUGCCUGA